UGGGCACUGGGACGGUCGAACUAACCCCCCACCCCCAGUAAGCCUGCACUGAUCACAACAUCGUAUUCAAUUAUUAUAUCAAAAAACGUUCCAGGCUUUUUCCCCCUUCAGAGUUCAGACUCGGAAUUUCUUCUCCAUUGAAGCUGGAUUCUAAGAUUUAACAGCAAAAGCUGAAAGCUUUGGAUAGUGAAGCAGCUUCAAAAAGAAAAUAAAAAACAAAAUGGGCUUCAAAGUUUGCAUCUUUCUCCUCUUGGGGUGUCUACUUCUAGCUUCAAAGACAACAAUGGCACGAGACAUGAAACGUGCAUCGAUCGUGAUCCAAGGAGCUAGUCGAAUCGCUGAGACCGACGAGAACUUUGUCUGUGCGACAUUGGACUGGUGGCCACAUGACAAGUGCAACUAUGACAAUUGUCCUUGGGGUUACUCUUCAGUUAUCAACAUGGACUUAUCUCGUCCUAUUCUUUCUAAAGCUAUUCAAGCCUUUAGGCCAUUGAGGAUAAGAAUCGGCGGUUCGCUGCAAGAUCAAGUGAUUUACGACGUAGGAAAUCUCCAAACUCCAUGCCAUCCAUUUAGAAAAAUGAACAGCGGCUUGUUUGGAUUCUCUAAAGGAUGCUUGCAUAUGAAACGAUGGGACGAGCUUCACAGUUUCUUAACCAAAUCAGGAGCUGUAGUGACUUUUGGUUUAAACGCUUUGCAUGGGAGACACAAGCUACGUGGGAAUGCGUGGGGUGGGGCGUGGAAUCAUGUUAACACUCAAGAUUUUAUCAACUACACAGUCUCAAAAGGCUACGUUAUUGAUUCUUGGGAGUUUGGAAACGAGCUGAGUGGAAGCGGAGUUGGUGCGAGUGUGAGCGCAGAGCUUUACGGGAAAGACUUGAUUGUACUUAGAGAUAUAAUCGACAAAAUGUAUAAAGACUCUCGGUUGGUAAAGCCUUCGCUUGUCGCUCCUGGAGGGUUCUAUGAACAGCAAUGGUACACAAAACUUCUGGAGAUCUCCGGUCCUGGUGUUGUCGACGUGGUGACUCACCAUAUAUACAAUCUUGGUUCAGGGAAUGAUCCACAGCUAGUGAAGAAGAUACUGGAUCCUAGUUACUUAAGCAAAGGAGCCGAAACAUUCAAGAACGUGAACAAGACGAUUCAAGAACAUGGACCGUGGGCUUCUCCUUGGGUUGGAGAGUCCGGUGGAGCUUACAAUAGUGGUGGCCAACAUGUCUCUGAUACAUUCAUAGACAGCUUCUGGUAUCUAGACCAGCUUGGAAUGUCGUCCAAACACAACACUAAAGUGUACUGCAGACAGACUUUGGUCGGAGGGUUUUACGGUCUGCUCGAAAAGGGAACUUUUGUUCCAAAUCCUGAUUACUAUAGUGCACUGCUUUGGCAUCGGUUAAUGGGUAAAGGUGUCCUUGCGGUUCAGACAGAUGGACCACCUCAGCUACGUGUUUACGCUCAUUGUUCAAAAGGAAGAGAGGGUGUAACGUUGCUUCUGAUCAAUCUAAGCAACCAAUCAGACUUUACGGUUAGUGUCAGCAACGGUGUGAACGUGGCUUUGAACGUAGAGUCAAAGCCGAAGAAGAAGUCGUUGUUGGAUACUUUGAAGAAACCUUUUGCUUGGAUUGGAAACAAAGCUUCGGAUGGUUAUCUGAACAGAGAAGAGUAUCAUCUAACACCAGAGAAGGGUGAGUUGCGUAGCAAGACAAUGGUCUUGAAUGGUAAACCGUUGAAACCGACAGAAACCGGAGAUAUCCCGAACCUUGAACCGGUCAUCCGUGGAGUGAACUCUCCGGUUUCUGUCUCGUCGUUGUCCAUGUCGUUCGUUGUGUUGCCUAGUUUUGAUGCUUCUGCCUGUUCUUGAUGUUAAUGUUGGGUUGUGUCAUAAAAAAAAAAGAUGUAAUUCUUCUGGUAAAUUGUAUCUAAAUGCUGGUGAUAAAGAGUUGUAAUUCCAUAUCUAAAUAAACUUGAUGCAGUUUUCUGGAAUCAAA